UAUGUUAAGUGUCAGGCUCCUUUCUUGAAUGGAUAUACUAAACCCUUUCCUGUUUAUAGAAUAUUAAUCAAGAUUAAUCAAAGAACUUCAGAAGAGGAUUUCUUUAAAAUGUGACACAGAAUUCAAAGCUGGAUUGAUUUAUUAGAUAUGGCUACUUUCGAUUUGGUUUGGUUUGCUAGCGUAAUGGAGGAUUGAGCAGAUAUGAAAAUGAAGGUACAAAGUGUAGCAACAUCCAGAAAAAUCAAAGUACCAUUGAUAUUAUCUCUAUCUAUAAUUCAGGUAUAUUUCACUUUAGAAGACAUUAAUUUUCCUCUUAAAGCACCAAUUGUGAACAUUUCUGAAGUUGUCAAGAACUCUGUAAAGCUAUCUUUUCAUACGGAACACCAUGAAGAUAUGACUUGUUAUUUACUGUUCUAUAAAUACCUGGAUACCAAUAAAAGAAGAAGACAGAAACUGGUUGAAAAAAACUAUGAAAUCCUACAGCUCCAUCUACACUCUGGCUUUCAAGCUAAUGUAUCUGUUGUGGUUUGUGAUGAGCCUGAAAUACAAAUAAGUAAUUGGACACAGCUUAUUUAUAAAGCCCAACCUGUUUACAUCUAUAAUACCUCAUGUUAUAUAUACAAUAUAACCAGCCUAAAAUGUACAUGGAGUAUAAAGAAAGAGGCUCCAAAUGACACCCAAUAUUCAUUUGGUUUAAGAUUUGGAACAGACUUAUUACCAUGUCAGCAGUAUUUAACAAACCAACAAAAUAAAAAUAUUGGCUGCAACAUGACAGACAUGUUUGCAAAUGUUGAUAGAAGCAAAAUGAAGUUAAAAUUUACUGUGCAAUUUUCAAAUCAUGACAUGUAUUUCUUAAAAUCCUUUGCAUACCGUAACAUAGAAAUACUAAAUCCUCCAAGCAAUAUAUCACUAUCGACGAAAAAGAAGAUUCUAAAAAUUCAGUGGAAUCAGCCUCCAAGUAUACAAGAGAAUUUAGAAAGCCACUGCUUUGAAUAUCAAAUAAAACUUUUAGAAAUGAAGAACAAUUUGAUUUUCCGGAUUUUUAACACCUCACUUGAAGAACAUACAUUUUUAGAUUUGGAUCAAAACAGAAAAUACUCUGUACAGAUUAGGGGAAUAAAAAAAUUGUGUGCAAAGAGUAAAUUAUGGGGUGAAUGGAGUGAACCACUAUUCAUUGGCAGUGACAAUGAGGGCAUUCCAACCUGGUGUUUUCUUUUCAUUAUCGUCAUCUGUACAUGUCUGUUUGCAGUUGUACUACUAUACGUCUUGAAAAGGUGCAACAGAAAACUAUUUGAUGCAGCGAUUCCAGUUCCUUCAACCAAACUAAAGUACUGGAUUUCAUCAACUGAAAUUAAUUUCCAGAAAUGUGUUCCUGUUGUUCCCAGUGAAUCUGUACCGAUUACAGAUAUUGAAAUCAUCUUGAAUACAGACUGCCACAAAGAGAAAAAAUAACUCAAAAUAACACUAAAGUCAGAAAACAAAAGCCUUUCAUUGUGGAUUAUCAUAAAUAAAGAACACAGUUCUUAAAGACUUCUAAUAAUUGGCUCAUAAUAAUGAGAAAAUACAGUUGAUGAAGGCUAAUUUUGUUAUUUAAUGGAUUUAUGUUUUGGGAUUAUUUUUUUUCUGUAAUUCAUCAGUGAAUGAGAAUUUAAAAUAGAAUUAUGUGGAUUACCAAUGUCACAGGAAAUAUUCAAGGGUAAGAAAUUGAAGUUUACUUUUUUAUAAUGAUGUUGCAGAAAAAGGAAAAAAUUAUUAUUAAAAAAAAAAUACACUCUACUUAUUUUUUUUGUUUGUUUUUUUAAAUGUUGUGAGUAAAAAUAUUUUUCCAAAUGUAUACACA